AUUCUUUCCAUUUUCAAUGUUUAUCAGAACAAAAAUGGAAGCAACCAGAGAAAAGAAUGGCAUUUUUUUGCAUGUGAUUUGGAAUGUGGAAGCAACUUCUGUGCUAUUUAUGGCAUAAGAAGCAACAUGUUCUUGUGGCUUCAUUAAUCCCUAUACAAAUCCAAUCUAGAAGAUUAAUCGUGUUCCUAUGUAAGUACCCUGAGGUAGAAACAGUAACCCCUUUAUAUACCCUUCUGAUCUAUUGACCUAUUCACCCUCAAACUUUUUUUUUUUGUUCCAUAUCUUUUGAUCUUCGCAGCUUCAUAGGCAAUGAUUUAGGAUUCAACUUUCCAGCCUCUCUCUAAUAUCUCUGACUCAAAGGGUUCUGUAAGUUUUCUUGAGCUUUGUUUGGAAGAUUUGUUAAGGCAAAAUUGCAGUUUUUGUUUAUUGAAAGUAGAAAAUUUGAAUUUUCAACUCUUAGAAAGGGUCUAAUAGAUCAUCAUGUGCAUCAAACCAGCAUCAGAAUUGGUCAUGGAUGUCUUACACUACUAGAAAGUAGUGCUAGAGAUUUCAACUACCAUUGUAGGUAUAGAAGCUCAAUUGAGUCCUUUAAAGUGAAGUUGGAUCAAUGGUUUCUUCGGUGUUUACCCUUAUCUGUGUUCUUCAUUCAGCAAUAGCUCUUACUAGUGGAUCUUUGAUGAUAUUCUAUUCUAAAGAGAUAUCUGUGUUGGGCCAUGGACCUGAGACUGCAAGCAAGCUUCAAGGGUCAACACCACAUGAUCAGCUUUUGAUUCAGACUUCUGAUUCCUUCUCUGGCUUGUUGUUGUUCACAAUUGGGUUCCUUCUAUUAAUGGUUGCCUUUGUUAAGGAUAGAGAAUUUCAGAGUUUCUUUGCAAAAGGGUGUGUGCUGCUUCACAUUUCCAUGGCAGUGUGGAGAUUCUUCUUUGAGAGAAAGCUUGAAGAUCUGGCAUAUGACUGGCCUAGGCAUGCUGUUGGGGACUUUGCAUUGGCCAUUUCAUGGGUCUUCUUUCUUGUGUAUUCAUGGAGAGAAAAAUAUGAUUAGUUUGAUUUGCAAGUUUUGGUGCUUGUGGAAACAUGGUCCAAAAAAAUAUUGAUUUGGUUUUGGUUGGAAGCAACCAAUAUUUUCAGGCUCUCAAGUUGUUUGGGCAUUUCAAAGGGAUAAAUAGAGCUCAUUUGUUUGAGAAAAAUGUUUGGAUUCAAUUGGCCUAGUGAAUGCUCGAAUUCUCAACAUAAAUAUAGAACCAUUGUUAAAGCUCUGAUCUUUUUCGAAGAGAGGAUGGAAUAGCUUGUUGGGUCAACUUUCUGGUUCUGAGUUGCACAGAUUCUAUGCUCAAAUUCUGCAACUUUCCUUUAUUAGUCAGUUUCAAUUGGGAAUUCGAGUAAUUAGCGUAUACUUCAUUUCUGCUUUGUGUCCUCAAAAAAUGUACUAUUUGUUUUUCUCUCAUCCGUUUUGGCAUAAUUGUGUAAGUUUUAGUGCAAGUUUUUCAGUAUUGCAUCCAUAAAAUUAGUGCAAAUAUGUCUGAUUGACAUAUUGUUAUUUGAUCAAUAAGGAGGUGGAAUCUUUAUGGUAAGAAAAAUACCAUAUUUCCAAGUUUGGAGACGAUAACAAGGAAUUUUUC